UUGUAGAACAAAAAACAUUAAUUAUAUAUAUAUAUCGUGCUUUUAUCCAAAGUGCUUUACAGUACUUAGCUAACAGUACAAACAACAUUUGGAAAGAUCAUUAAGUGGUCCGCCGAGAGCCUCAGCGAUUGAAAAAAAAAAAAGUUUGAGAACCCCUGCCCUAGCCUAUGUUACUGUACACCGUGGACAAGCACUGCCUCAUUCACUGCACUUUCCAAGAUGCCCUUUACAAGGUCAUUAGAAAACGGUAAGGCUGUUCUGCUGUGUUAUCUGAGACACAAUAAACCAGGUAAUUAAAGACCGUGUCAGAAGGCAGGGUAAUGAGGCACAGUUAGGGUUGCAGGUGGAACUUUCAAUUCGGUACUUCCUGAUUGUUCAGGGCUUAAUUAUGCAACCUGCGCAUUCCCUUCGCAUACUUUCUGCGUAGUAGUCUGCAAAGAGAAAGUCAGAUUACGGGGUGAUGAUUUCAUCCCUUGUGGUCCUCCCCCAGAAACGCUGCACUGUAUGCAAUCCCCUCCACUGCGUUAUUGGGUCAGUCUGUUCCCUGUGCCUCUCCCUAGUACUUUAGUCUAGAGGGAUGCACACAGGUCAGGCUAAAGACUAGGUUGGGCAGCUGUGCGUUACAGGCAGUGGAAUAACGCGAAGAGCAGAACAAGCCCGUGUUUCUGUGUGCAAGGAAGGCGCUGAAGAGCGAUCGUUAAUAAAUGACCCCCUCCCUCCCCACAGCUCUCACCAAGCGGCAGCGCUCUGCCCAAGCCCCUUUCCCGGCUGGCAGCGCUGUUCAGCCCGCAGCAAGGGAGCGCGUGUGGGCGGCUGUGUGGGCAGCUGCCAGCGCGGAGCUGUGUGCGCUCCAUGCCCAGGCGGGCGGGAGAGAGCCGCGGCCGCCGGAGGGGCGGAGAGAGCGGGCGCGAAGGCGGCGCUGCUGCUGGGAGGGGGUUUGACAUCAGUUCCCCUGUAGGAGUUUCAGUAAAUGCCACAAGCCGAAGGCGCGGAGCCCUGGGCGGCGGAGGAGGCUGCAGCUGCCCCCGGUGGGAGCCGACCCGCCUGCCAGGGGUGAGCCCGGCCCCCGCCUGCCCCAUCGCGGACACCGCGCGGAGCAGAGCCUGGGCGCCCCGGGCGCAGGCAGCCCACCUCCCGGCCGUGCAUGCGGCUCUGGAUCUCCUUCCCCUGGGUGCCGGGCUGAGGCGGGCGGGGGCCCCCCGACCUCCCGGGCGAGCGACCAGUCCCCGCAGUCCCCGCGGGGGGUCCCCUUGCUCCCGCUCCGGCCGGAGGCGGGGCGGCCCCCCUGGCCGGCCGGGCGGGCAGGAUGAGCGGCGGCCGCAGCGGCCGGGCGGCGGUGAAGAUGGAGGCCCCGUUCUACCCCGAGGAGGGGCUGGAGCUGCUGCCCGACUUCGUGCCGCUGCCCGGCUUCGGCCCCGGGGCAGGGGUGGAGGCGGCGGGGCACAAGCUGCUGCUCGGGGCCGGUAAGAAGCGAGAGAUGGCGGCGGGGGCGGCCGCCUCCCCCUCGGCGCUGCCGGGGUCCUACACCCUGCGGCCGCCCGGCGGCACCCGGAGCGGCGCGGCGCUGAGGCUCAUCCCCGCCGCGGGGGGAGGAGCCGGCGGCAGGGGCGGCCCGGAGGCGGCUCUGCUGGCGGCCGGGUCCCCCGCGGAGCUGCCGCUGCUGAAGCUGCCGCCCGCGGCGGACCUGGAGCAGCUGCUGAUCCAAGGCAGCGCCGGCCUGGGCCCCGCCAGCCCCUGCCCCGCCGCCGCCCCGCCCCCCGCGGCCGGGCCCUUCCUCUACCGCCAGCAGGUGACGCAGGAGCAGGAGGGAUUCGCCGACGGCUUCGUCAAGGCCCUGGCCGACCUGCACAAGCAGAACCAGCUGCUGGGGGCGCCGCUCUCCCCGGGGCCCUGCCGGCCCGCCGCCGACCCGCCCGCCGUCUACACCACCCUCGGCAGCUUCCACCCGGCCGGGCCGCUCAGCCCCGCGGGCGGCGCCUACUCCGCCGCCCCGCCGGGCCUGCCCUUCCCCGCCCCCGCUCCCGCUCCCGGCGCCGCCAGGGCCCUGGAGGAGCCGCAGACCGUGCCCGAGGCGCCCCCGCCGGGCGAGGCCGGCAGCAGCGCCCCGACGCCGCCGUCGCUGUCGCCGCUGGACGCGGAGAGCCAGGAGCGGCUGAAGGCCGAGCGGAAGCGGCUGCGGAACCGCAUCGCGGCCUCCAAGUGCCGGCGGCGGAAGCUGGAGCGGAUCGCGCGGCUGGAGGAGAAGGUGAAGGCGCUGAAGGGGCAGAACGCGGAGCUGGCCGCCACCGCCAGCCUGCUGCGGGCCCAGGUCACCCAGCUGCAGGGCCGCGUCCGCAGCCACCUCUCCAGCGGCUGCCACCUCAGCGCCGCCGGCCCGCCCGCCCCGCCGCCCGAGGGCCCCGCCGAGCCGCAGACCAGCGCCUGCUGAAGCCGCGGGCCGGAGCGGGACAGACACUGCCCGGGGGACGGGCCCGGAACCGCGCCUCGGAACCUCCGGGCGCUUUGCCGGGGGGGAGCCAGAGGCCACCGGCCCCAGCGCGCUGCCGCGGCGGCGAAGGAAAGAACUUCGCGUUUCCAGAGUCGGCUUCAAACAGUCCGGAGUCGGCGGGGGAUUUGAUUGUGAGGGCAGCCCCAGGGCCUAGCAGGGGGGAAAUAGGGAGUCAAAGGUUAGAGAUUAUUGUCCAAUAGAGAAUUUUAAUUGAAGGUCCGUCUUUAUUUAUUGAUGCCUGGGAAGGAAGCACAGUACAGAAGUUGGGUAUUCAAUGUCUUGUCAGGUCUAUUUAUGUGGCAGUGAGUACAAAAGAUUUUUUUUUAUAUUGGGUAUUUAACUUUUAAAGCUGACUUCAGGAGAAAUUCCUACGCUUCAAAGUGAAGGGGGUUUGGGGGUUGUUUUCCAAAGUUCCCGUGAAGAACGUGAGAGAGCUGUAACGAGUUCAGAACUAAAAUAACCCCCGUUUACAGAAAGUCAACUUUAUUUUUCUGCAAAAGGCAUAAUUCCUAAUACACCUUAAUAUAGUGUGUAGUGAUGGUUCAAUAUGUUUAUUCAGAGCUUGAAAAGAAGCUAAAAUUAUACAUUUUUUAAAAAAAAGUGUGUGUGUAUAUAAAACAAAAUGUGGCAAUGGUAUUUCUUGGUAUUGAAAGGAAUUUUUUUUUUUUAAAUUGUUUUGCUGCAGAGUAGCUUUUAAUUUGCAGCUGGCAAUUAAGACAUGCAAGUAAAGCACUUGAAUGGGUCUGGUUUUAAAAUCUAGCCUUAGCUGAUAGAGAUUCUGCCAGGUAACAGGUUAGAAUGAACCAUAUUUAAUUACAGAUUCAACUGUAAGAAAAUACUCUUAUAGAUCAUAAGCUCCAUAUUAUUUCUUGUGCUAGUGCAAACUUGGAGCGUUGGUAUAUAUAUUUAUUUAUUGAAACUUGAAACUUUUUGGAUGUCACCUAAACCUUAUUUUUAUAGCAAACGCAUACUAGUGGAAGAAAUUAAUUUGGCAGAAGAGCGUCAUUUAUGCCUUUUCUUUCACUGUGCACAUUCCAGUUCUGCUUGCUCUUUAUGGGGUAUAGUAGCAAUUCAAUGCUACCCAGAAAAGGGCUCAGAUUUGUUUUUUAGCUCUAACAGUUAUUAUGGUAACUCCAUUGUAUUAUGUUUGAAUAAAUCAUAGAAACAUAAUGGAGAACUAGAUUUAUUUUUUCAGAAGAAAUAUGUAAAUAAUAUUUUCUUGUUCUAUUUUAUUCUAAAGACAUUUUUCUAGUUGCCUAGGGAGGGGAAGAGUCAAAAGUCAGAAUGUGAGAUGAGUUUCUGGGCGGAAGAGUCCGGUGUGAUUUAUUUAUUUUUGCCUAGAAUUUACUAAUAAGGGAUAGAAAAGGAACGGUUUUCUCUGCUUAGACUUAAUCCUUGCUUUUGGGGAUUCUCUGGAUAAAUAGCAAAGACCAUGUUAUGGGCCGAUUUGCUUUUUUACGACCCUUUGAUAUGCAUGUUCUGAGCACUUCUGCAAAUCAAGUUUUAUUCAGUCUUGUGGCUCGGUACAAUUAAAUGUUCACUUUCAGCACGAACUCUUAAGGUUCACUCAACAAGAAACCCUGUCUUCACUUAGGCCCUGAUCCUGGAUCUGCCCAUACUCCAAACCACUGAAGUCAGUGGGGUUCAGCAUGAGCAGAUCCAGUUGCAGGAUGGGGCCCAGCAUAGUCUUUUAAAAUAUUUUAACUAAUAUAGUUUGUUUUAUAAGCAUGAUCAAUUAAACCAAUUCCGUAACUGUUUUAUAUCAUCCAUGUCCUCUUCUGAAAGCUACUUCAGCUAUGCUUUCAAAGGCAUGAAGGGGAAUUGAUAUGCAUACAAUGUUUUUUACUUGUAAAGAGAGACUUGUGAGCGGGUUAAUUUAAAACAGCAUAGCUGGAAAUGUAAAUUGUGUGAGGCUUCCCCGUGUCAGGCCUGGGACACACUUAGCACAGAUGAGUUCAAUGAGUCGUGGAGAUGCAAACCACGUUAAUCAUUUAAAAACUGAGUAAAGUUAUAGCAUAGUCAGAGCCAAAAUGAAUGAUUUCAACGAUAGUCUAAAACUCCCUUCUUCUGUCCUAAGAAUUGUGUAUUAGAAAUACUAGCGAACAAAUGCAAUGCCGCUUAAUUCUUAGGAAGUAAAUACAACGUAAAGAUCUUUUGCUAAGCAUUCAGUCAGUUUCACCACACUAAUAGAAUUCAACCAGUAAUAAUGGGCCAUAUCUGGCAAAUGUGUUUAAAAAUGAACCAGUGCUUAGUACAUGGAAAAACUGUGUUUGCAAAGUUGAUGGUGCAGAAGUAGAGAAUCGAUUAAUUUUUCACACUUAAACACAAGCUUUACAUAAUGAGGGAAGGAGGUAACCCUACUUAAUAAACAAAUUUGCAUUGAGUGCUCUGCACUGGCAAUGUUCCUACUUCAUGGAAAAUAUACUAAAUAUUUUGAUGAUACAGCACAGUGGUCAACUCCUGUAAUUUCAAAUGAAAGUGGGGGAGGUGGUUGAAGACUUUCUAGUAGUACCCGAGGAAAAGGCUGAAAAACACCUGACACUUGCUGCAGUCUAGUCCAUUUUGUAGGUGCUCUUUGCUCAUCAGAAGUAUUUAAAGAUAUAGCUUUAAAUAAAGGCACUGUCUAUCAUUUCCGAUAGGGAUAAUUCACCAAUAUCUAGAGAAGGGGAUGAGCUCCAUGAAGAGAAAUCACCACAACCUUGCUUCCAAAAUGGUGGCAGAAUUAUAAUAUGGGGCCGGUGAGGAGCAUAGCACUAUUAGGGCUACAAAACAUCACUUGGUUUCUCCAGUGAUACCUCCACAAUUGCUACAUGGCACGUUAUUCUCACCAAAGUCUUAUCCGACCUCAUCUUGAAUGUCUGCAAUGUUGUUUUUAUGACUACCUUCUUAAGUCUGUUCUACCAUUCUUUUUAGCUUGUAAUAUUAAGCCUAAGCUUUCUUUACUUCAGUCCAUUGUUGCUUGUCGGACCAUCUUUUAAAAUAUUAUAAUACCCUGUUUAUUUCCCUCAGUCUUUUAUGUCAUCUGAUCCUGUAUCAUUUUUGUUGCUUUUUGUAUUUCUCCUAGUUUUUCUUCAUUGUUCCUGAAUUUUCAGAACCAAUAAAGUACACAACAAAUGCACCAAGUAUGGUCUCAUUAGGCCAUUUUAGACCCUGAUAUCUGGUAAAAUUUUCAAAACCACUUAAGUGACUUGGAUGCUUACAUCCUGUUUUCAAAAGUGACAGGCACUUAGAAGCCUAACUCUCAUUAAAAGUUGACUUUUAAUGAGACUCUAGGACUUUGAACAUUUUACCCAUCCUCGUAGACUUAUAUCUGAUCUCUUCACACUCAUUCCUGAUGCUGACUGUUCAAGCAAAAGAUUCUCAUAUCUGCAAUUUAUCAUCACUACCAGUCAGUCUUGCACUGUUUUCCAGACAGGUCCAAUAUCUCGUGGUCACUCUACCUGUGUGUUACUAUUUUGUGUUUCUCAUCAGCAAAGUUGAUUGCAGUUGAAUUGAAACCUUCCUUUAGAUCUAGAAUAUAAAAAUAUUACUCUGUGCUAAAAAGCAUUGGUCCAUAGUAUUUAAUUGGUACUUAUGUUUGGAAUGUCUUUGUGUCUAGGUGCUACAGGAAGGUGGUGGUGGUUCAGUAGAUGACAUUUAUUCUUCUGAUUUAGUGUUAAACCCAACAUCCCAUGGAUGGUGGGAGGAGUACUUGUGGUCUCCUCGGGCACUGGGGUGGGAGCUAUGGGCAACUGAUCUACUGCCCACGCUGACUUGGAGUAUGGAAAACAUGUUCCGCUGCUAGUGAUUUGUGGUUCCAUUCCUAGAAGAGCUGUUUAAUUCACUCCUCGCUCAGAAUGUGUAGUGACAUCGCCCAAUUUCAUCAGCUGGCCUGAACCAUCAGCAUGGUUGUUACAGGAUUCCUGUAAUGGGUUUUUCCCCUCCGCUUCUGGAUAUAAACUGCGUCAAGCUCAGAUGUGGAAUCCAAACACCAUUGGUAUUCUAAUAAAUGUGUUUUGUUCUA